AUGGCAACCUCAAAUAUUCCGUCGGAGAUCAUCGAAAUUAUACUAUCAAAAUUAUCAUCAGUGAAAUCUCUUCUUCGAUUCAAAGCAGUUUCAAAGUCAUGGAAUACUAUAAUCUCCGAUCCUUUAUUCAUUCAAAAUCAUCUCCAAUCAUCGAAUAGCUCUCCGAAUAAUCUCUUCCUAAGUAGGAAUACAAAUAGUACUGAUAGAGGGUUUCCUUUAAUUAAAUUUGAAGGUCCAAAAACCAAACCCGGAGAAAUGUUCGUGGAGAAUAUUCCCAACGGUUACAGCGUAAUACUAUUCGAAUGUAACGGCGUUCUACUCUUGACAAGCCUAUCCGAUCGGGAUCGGCGCAACAACAGAAAAUACGCGCUGUGGAAUCCGUCAACUCGUUGGGAGAGGCAUCUCGAAACCCGAUAUAAAGAUCAUGUAGUUGAUCGUGGGAUUUGUUACGACAAAAUAACCGGUGAUUUCAAGGUUGUAUUUAUUUACACGACGGAAUACGCAAUUUAUUCAUGUAAAUACAAUUAUUGGAGGAAGAAGAAAUUAGGAAAAAAAUGCUACGGGGCCGGUGAUACGGGUUCGGGUAUCUGUAUCGAUGGAGAUACGACGUAUUGGAUUCUGGAGGAGAGCGCGAAGAUGCAAUUAGUGUAUUUCGAUUCAAGAAUCGACGAGAUCAAGGUCUUGCAAAAGCCCGAACAACUAAGUGAAGAUGACAAAUAUGUUUCAAGUUAUAACAUGGCUUGUUUGAGAGGAAGCCUAUGUUUGUACUGCUACAACAAAGAUGAGAAAAGUGUUCAAAUGUGGAUAAAGGAAAAGGGAAUUCAUACUUGGGAGAAGGUUAUAACCAUUGGGAAUAUCGAGAAUCUGUAUUUGUGGUCCACACAACUAUGUUUCGUCGAAGUCGAAAACAAGGCUACAAACUAUAGCCCUACUGAGAAGGCGGUUGAAAAGCUUGUAGGGAUUGAUAUAUAUCGGGGUAGAUACGUUCCAUAUCGGAAUAGUCUCUACUUCCCAACUGGUGUCAAGACGAAGACAAUUAAAGCUUAG